AUGUGCAAGAUGCAAAGAUGCGAGAAGCGCAACGUCGAGUGCUUCCGUCCUGAGCGACGACCUUCCUUCCGCCAGGGUUCUACUGCCAACUAUGACGGGGCCUUCUCCCGGGAGCAGCGCUGGGUGAACAGUCGGCCUCGAGCUUGGGGGUCGAAGACACUCUACCACCAAUACCGACGCCUACUAAACGUCGAAGAACCGAGCCUGCGCCGCAAGAUGUUCGACCUCUGCGACGAAGAGAGGCACUUCCAGCUCGUCGUUGUGAGACGCGCACGCUCGUGCCAACCCCUCCGCGACGCCAUAUUCGCCGUCGCGGCGCGCCAUUUAUGUCGACAUCCCAAAUUCCGAUCAGAGCCAGGGGGUGGCGGUGUCGUCGUCUACCAGCGCCAGCUUCUCCCUGACCUCACGCCGCAGAGUGCCUUCGAGUAUAUGCUCCGCUGCAUACCCGCACUGCACGAGGUCUCAAGCACGCAGGACGAGGAAUACCGCGAGAAUCUGGCCGCCGCAGCGCUCAUUCUUCGCCAGUUUGAGGAGAUGGAUCCCGAAGAAUCCCAAAGCGCGCCGAGUUCAGAUUUUGGGACCGCAAACGGGGACGGGAAUGGGACAAGUUAUGGCAAUGCGAAUAGCAAUGUCAACUUUAUCGAUAUCACAAAGGCAAUUUUGAGGGCCGCUCCAUCAUCGCGAUGGUCUGGACUUUUGAGCGCCGUGUACUGGGUGGCGGUGAGGCAGGAGAUUUACUUUGCGCUCACGCUGGGGCGAUCGCCCCAGAUCACGGCAAGGCCGGACCAGGGCCGUGAAGUGUCGUUUGCUAAUCGGUUGAUAUGGUUUAUGUCGGAGGUGGCCAAGUGGAAGAUGGGAGACAGGAUCGAAGGGGAGUGGGGUGAGUCUUUCACUUGUGCUUUUCUGAGAGACCGCAAAACGUCUGGGGCCGAGCUUUACUCCAUUACGAUGACUGACGUAUACCGCCCAGAGAGACUGAGGGUUGAAGAGAGCAUCCUUGCAGUCGAAUGUACGCGGCAGUUUAUACCCAUAAUGCAGAGGCCAGCGGACAGGUCUCAAGCCGAAAUAUUCCCCUUGGUCUGGUACGGUUCCGAUGUGGAAGUUACUGCGCUACAGCAUUUUAUCUUGGCAAGGAUGAUUCUCCUAGCCGAAGAUCCUAGUCUACAGUAUGCAGACGCUUCCCUGCCUCUCAAAAUAGAUAGCUACUUUACACUACGCUUCUAUGAAUCCUUCAUGCUUUUUGAGGAUUAUGCUGACAACUUUGGGCUUCCAGUGGACAAGUCUCCAACCGGCGAGCACAUCGAGAGGCCGAACAUCAAGUCCGAGAAAUGA